CACGCGUUUUGAAAUAACAUUAUCACAACCACAACUUCAUCUAACUUCCUGAUUGAAGCAUGGGAAAUAAAGCUUUUCACAUUUUUCAAGAAGUAUGGAUGCUACAUUGAUUACAGAGAUUUUGUUUGAAUAGUUUGGUGGUUUGACAGAUAUAUUGCAGUUUGGACAGAAAAAAGCUUGCUUGCGUACUAAGGGAAGGCAAGAUCCGUUAAGCAGUUUUAAUUUUCUCUUUAUUCUGUCAAAUGACAUCCUCAUCUACUAGUAUAAAAAAAGAUGUCUUCAUCAGCUUUAGAGGCCCAGAUGUUAGGAAAGGUCUACUUAGCCAUUUGAAAAAAGAAUUGUGUCGCAGGCAGAUUGAAGCCUGUGUGGAUGAGAUACUUGACAGAGGAGAUGAAAUAUCAUCCUCACUUCUCAGGGCAAUUGAAGAAUCACAAAUUUUAUUGGUCAUAUUCUCAAAAGACUAUGCUUCAUCGCAGUGGUGCUUGGAGGAGCUUGCCAAAAUGAUUGAAUGCUUGGAAAGAAACAAACAGAUUCUUGUACCUGUUUUUUUUAACGUAGAUCCAUCAGAUGUGCGGCAGCAACACGGAGAAUAUGGUGAUGCUUUAGCUAAACAUGAAGAAAAACUCAAGGAAAACAUGUUCAAGGUACAAAGUUGGAGAUCUGCUUUGAAAAAGGCUGCUAAUUUAUCAGGGUUUCAUUAUCCAGGAAAUUUUGAUGAUGAAUCUGAUCUUGUCGAUAAAAUCGUAGAAGAUAUUUCGGAAAAGUUGAGCAAGUCUAGCCCAAGUGAGUCGAAUGGUCUGGUUGGAAAUGAUCAAAACAUUGUGCAGAUUCAAUCCUUAUUGCUAAAGGAAUCAAAUGAAGUAAUUUUUGUUGGAAUUUGGGGCAUGGGUGGCAUAGGUAAGACAACCAUUGCCCAUGCUAUGUAUGAUAAAUAUUCUCCUCAAUAUGAGGGUUGCUGCUUCUUGAAUGUAAGAGAAGAAGUGGAACAGCGUGGACUGAGUCAUUUGCAAGAGAAACUUAUAUCUGAACUAUUGGAGGGAGAAGGUCUCCAUACAAGUGGCACAAGCAAAGCAAGAUUCUUCGAUUCUGCUGGGAGAAAGAUGGGUCGGAAAAAAGUUCUCGUUGUGCUUGAUGAUGUGAAUACUUCGGAACAAUUGAAAUAUCUGGUUGGCAAACCAAUUUGCUUUGGUCCAGGGAGUAGAGUGCUGAUAACAAGUAGAGAUAAGCGUGUGCUUACUAGCGGAGGAGUUUAUCAAAUUCACAAGGUCAAGGAAAUGGACCCUAGAGAUUCCCUCAAACUUUUCUGCUUAAAUGCCUUCAAUGAAAGCCAUCCCAAAAUGGGUUAUGAAAAGCUAUCUGAAGAGGUAGUUAAAAUUGCCCAGGGCAAUCCAUUAGCUUUAAAAGUUUUGGGUGCAGAUUUCCAUUCCAGAAGUAUGGACACAUGGGAGUGUGCCUUAAGCAAAAUCAAGAAGUAUCCAAAUGAGGAAAUUCAAAGUGUUUUAAGAUUUAGUUAUGAUGGACUGCAUGAAGUGGAGAAGAAGGCAUUUCUAGAUAUUGCAUUCUUUUUCGAAGAAGAUGACAAAGACUAUGUUACAAGGAAACUGGAUGCUUGGGGUUUUCAUGGAGCUAGUGGGGUGGAGGUUCUCCAGCAAAAGGCUCUGAUCACAAUAUCAGAUAAUAGAAUACAGAUGCAUGACUUGAUACGAGAAAUGGGUUGUGAAAUAGUUCGUCAAGAAUCUAUUAUAUGUCCAAGAAGACGCAGCCGAUUGAGGGAUAAUGAGGAAGUAUCCAAUGUAUUGAGACAAAACCUGGGAACCGAUGAGGUGGAGGCCAUGCAAAUAGAUGUGUCUGGAAUUAAAAAUUUACCUCUGAAAUUGGGCACUUUUAAAAAGAUGCCUCGUCUGAGAUUUCUCAAAUUUUAUCUCCCAUUGCAUGCCGAGCUUUCCCUACUGCAAAGCCAUGAUGGACCUAUUUGGUCUCCGGAGAAACAAGAUGAGCUACUUUUAUCUGCAGGGUGCAAACAACUCAUGAGGGUUGCAAGUGAGAUUCACAUAAAAUGUCUUCACUACCUUCUUAUUGAUGACUGCUCAGAUCCUUCACUACUCGAUGAACUAACAUCAACUGAGAUGAGCAUGCUGCAAAACAUAGCACAAGAUGCUGGAGUGGAAAUAAUAUUGAACUCAUCCAUUGGGCAACUCAGCAGUCUUGAAUGCUCAGAUGUGGUUGAUCAACAAUUUAAGAAUCUUCCCAAUGAGCUACUUUGCUUAAGAUGUACAUAUUACCUUAAGCUUUCUAAGAGCAGGCAACAAGACAUCGGGAAACCCAAGCUACAUAUUCUCUUUGAUAGUUUAAGGUAUUAUCAACGAAUAUCUGUCAGUCAGUUGUAUAAACCAGUUGUCGUAUUUCCUCCGAAAAGUCGUGCAGAGAUGUGGCUGAAAGGGGCUAAAAAGGAGGUAAAAGGAUUUGUCGUUGCCACGUUCUACAUACAUCUUUACACUGUCCUUUUCUUCUUGUCUCCUUCUACCUUUUCCAUCACCAUAUUUACUCAAACAAUCACUUUGUCAUUCCUUCUUUUUUGUUGCAUUUUACUCUCAUUUUUCACAACCCGAGGAGGGAUCAAGUUUAUGCAAGAGUAACUAUUUUGAUCA